AAAUGGACCCAUCUGGCUGUUACUGGUUCACUAUAAGCAAGUGUCCUAUCAUGAAAAACUGUGGUUUUAUCGUGGCAAUGGUCGUAGUUCAAUUUGCUUAUGGUGGAUCUAAUAUUCUCAUUAAAAUCGCCCUUGAGAGAGGCCUCAAUCAGUUUGUCUUAAUCGUUUACCGGCACAUAAUUGCCAUGCUUUUGCUAGCCCCCGUUGCUUAUGUACUUGAAAGGAAGAAGCGCCCUUCGCUGUCGUUGUCAGUGUUCGGAAAAAUAUUUAUGCUGUCAUCCUUAGGGACUACUAUUCAUCUUAAUGUUUACUAUGCUGGUUUAGCUUACACUUCUCCAACUGUAGCAACUGCCUUGGGCAACGUUAUCCCAAGUUUGACGUUUCUAAUGGCAGUUUUGCUCAGGAUGGAGGAGGUGAAGAUUAAACGUACCAGCGGGGGAGCAAAGGUAUUGGGUACCGUUAUUUGCAUUGGUGGUUCACUUGUUUUUACCUUCUGGAGAGGAGGGUUCCAAUCGAAGGGCUUUGUAGACAGGCCAUUGAUAAACAUCCACAGCACAAAUGCUUCUCAUGGUGAGUUUAGGCAUGGAAACGAAAGCUGGAUCAAAGGUUCUGCCCUUUUUCUUGUCAGUUACAUUGCAUGGAGUGGAUGGCUAAUUCUCCAGGCUACAGCAUCCAAAGUCUAUCCAGCUCAAUUAUCACUGAAUGUUUUAAUUUGCUUCAUCGCAUCCUUGCAAUCUUCUGUUCUUGCCCUGUUCUUCGCUAGAAAUCCUCUCUUGUGGAAGUUGCAGUGGAAUGUGCAGCUUUUAACCAUCAUUUACUCUGGAGUUGUGCUCUCAGCAUUUGUCUACUAUCUACAAACAUGGUGUAUCAGUAACAAAGGACCAGUUUUCGCAGCAAUGUUCACUCCACUGCUCCUUGUCUUUGUAGCUAUAUUCUCUGCAAUUGUUUUCGCAGAGCGUCUUCACUUAGGCAGUUAUUGCGUUUGGCAAUUUUUCCAGCUUGGUGGGAGCAUUUCUCAUUAUCUUGGGACUUUACCUUGUACUUUGGGGCAAAAGGAGAGACAGUUUUGUCUCUGGAAAUACAAAGGAUGGAGAUGACUUCCCUGAUGAUAAAAAGCCAGUGAUUUCCAUCAACAACUGCACAUUAGCCAGUGAUAAAUCUUUCAAAGUUGAGGCGAUAAACUGAGAAAAAUUCAGUUUGCUUUUUCCACCAAAAGCUUUCGCCAUGUUGACUAAUGUGCCAAGACUUUGGAUCAUGGUGAUUUUUAUGAAGUAGCCAGUUGGUUAGAUGGUGCUUAUUUGUAGUAAAGGAAUAAAGAAGACUGUGAAUGCGUUUGAAUUUUGGACAUCUUUCACUGAUGCUAUCUAAGAUAAAUAAUCUGCAGUGCAGUGCAGGCAGGCAUUAGUGUUUUUCUGAGGAAAAUAGUAGUCUGCAUAUGUUAUCAUGGCACGCGCAAAAAAGGCAUCAAUAAAGAGAUAACUCUGAAAAUUCCACAAAUUUCUCUUAAUAAAAUAGUGAAAUAAACUUUAUUUUUUACUUUCUGCUUCAUUCAAAGAGCAGAUACUGCUAGU